AUGUCAAGAAUUUAGUUAUUAUUUAAUAGAAUAAAAACUUAUUAUAAUACUCAAUACUCGCAAAUCGUAAAAUGUUAUCAUCUAUGUUGUACAUAAUAAUAUAGUUUAUUUAUUUUAAAUCUUAAAAACGAAAGACAAAGCAGCAUAUUAUACAAUUCUUUUAAAUGGACCUAUUUAUUUGGUCAUGAUAACAUAUAAUAGCCGCCCUAUUCAUUUUUACUUUUUUAAAUUUACAAGUUUAUGAUAUAGUCAACCAAAAGAUAACACUAAUGGGGAAAACUAUAACCGACCUAUACAAUGGAUUUGAAACAUUUAAGGUUUUGAUAACAAGUGCUUUAGAAAAUGGAACAAUUGCAUUUGAUCGUUGGUCUGAUCAAAUGCACCAAUUGGUACUGGAAACAUGGAAUUCCAGAUCUAUACAAAAUUUACAUGAAGGUAUACACGUAGGAUGGGAACAAUUCUUAGAAGCAUGGUUACAAGCUAAGUGUACGCUUCAGCAAUACGACUUGAAUUUUGUUGUUGAUGCCCUGCAAUCAAAAAUAAUCUACUUAACUGGCAAUAGCUUCAAUCGAAGUCAUGUCUAUAUUGGUUUUGCUGGUUUAUUUGUCGGCAGUGGAGUUGGAUUUUUGAUUGGUAUAAGUAUAAAGCCAUCUUCUAUCACAGUAACGCAUAUGAAAGCUGCAUCGGCAACCAGUUAUAAUGGAGCUGAAAGUAUAACAUUGUUAGAAGAUGUUGUAACACCAAAAAUCACGGAAUCUAAUCAAGUAAUGAUAAUGGUUAGAGCUGCUGCUAUAGAUCCAAUGGAUAUUUUAGUUGCAUCUGGUUAUGGAUCAUUUAUAAGAAAAUUUUUAAUUAAGCAUACAUUACGUAAAUCAAUGCACCGAGAAUUUCCAAUUAUUUUGGGCAGAGAUUGUUCAGGAGUUGUUAUUGAUUUAGGAUCAGAUGUGCGACGUGAUAUUAACAUUAAUGAUGAAGUUUGGGUUUCACUGCCACCAUGGUCUCCUUGUGGUACAUUAUGUGAAACUAUAGUUGUGUCAGACAAAUAUGUUGGACACAAGCCACAAACAUUAACCCAUGAACAAGCAGCAACACUUCCAUACUCAGGGUCGUUGGCAUGGUUGGCUGUAUUUCAAACUGCUAAUUUAAAUCCAAUGACUGCUAUGGAUAAAAAGAUAAUUGUGUACUGUGGAGAUACAGGAACAAGUUCAAUAAUUGUUCAAUUAUGUUGUUAUUUAAAGGCAGAUGUUACUGUUGCUUGUCCAAGCCGAGUAUGUUAUUUUAUGAAAUAUCUUGGAGCCACCACCACUUAUGAAACUGAAACUGUCAGUAUUGACCAGUUACUUAGUGCUGCACCCAGUGGGUAUGAUUAUGUGUUCAAUACAGCUGGUGAACUUAGAUAUAGUCUAUGCAAACAGUUAUGUAGUGCUUGUGGUAUGGUAAUCCCUAUUGGACCACACCGUUUACCAUCUGAUUCAUUUGGUUUAUUUCGUGGAUUUUUUUAUAUGCAAUGGUUAAGGUUAGCUUAUAUGUUUAAAGGCAACAAAUGUUGGGAUCAUUAUGAAUUUAACUCUACUAUAUUAAAUGAACUUGCCAGCAUGGCGAAUGAUUAUGUUCUUAAGCCAGUGUUGGACAAGACAUUUAUGGAACAUGAAUUAGAACGUGCAUUUAAGCAUUUACAAAGUAGACAGACUAUUGGUAAAGUAGUAAUGAGAUUUAGUAAUUUAAAUGGCCCUACAUUGAUGCCCAGAUCUUCAGGAAUUUUAUUUUAGUAGAUCCAUUUGGAUUGUAUAUCAGAGUAUCAUCAAAUAAUGUGUUUAACUUUUGAUAAGUUAAUUAUUAUUGUGUAUCUAUGUAAUAAAAAGUAAAACAAUUUUAUUAUUUUGAUACAUAACAUUUUUAUGUUUUUUAAAUCAAUAUUGUUAUUGAAAUUAUUUUUUAGUUGAAUAAUCUGACUCGUAUUAGAAUAGUCUUGGCAUUAGAAUAGUCUUGGAUAGCACCCACAUUCUUUAGAGUGUUACUUUAUUAUUUCAACCACCACUUAGCAUAUGUUUUAAUAAGAUUAACAUUGCAAAGUGAUUUUACAGCUAAGACUGAUCAUCGGGCACUAAAUUUGACUACAAAAGUCAACUUAAUCCGAUCUAUCUAGGAGUGUGGUGGCUACCCAAAAUUACUCUCAUAUGAGAUACAGUAUAGGUAUUAAAGUAUUUCUAGUCUUUAUUCAUAGUAGAAAAGAAUUUAAAAUGAUUUUAAUGAUCAUUAAGUAUUUUAUAUUAUGUAAUCAAAUUAAGUAUUUACUUAUUAAGUAAAAUAUUUCAAUAAUUCUGAUUUAAAAAAUUAAACUUAAAUUAUGUAAUUAAUUAUUUUGUCCUUAAAAUUAUUUAAACUGUUAUUAAGAGAAUGUCUUACCCGCAUGUGUUGUCUUUGUCAUAUACGUACAGCAUAGUAAAUUUUUGUUGAACGGUUUCAUAGUGUGCUGUUAAUUUUUUAUAUAAGAGUGAAUUAUAAAAUUAUUAUUAUUAUUAAUUAUUAUGAAGUUUAAAGGUAAGAUUAUUAUCUGAAUUCCCACUUAUCCUUUUACUGGUAUUAUUAUUUUUAUACGAGUUAUGAUUAUUUUAAAAUGUAAAAUAAUAAUACCAUAAUUUUACCUUUAAAUUUUAUAAUAGGUCAAUAUAUAGCACACUAUUGAAACUGUUGAACAACAUUUGCUAUGCCUUAUGUACUAUGUGUGUAAGACUGUGAUAACACAUGCUGUUAUGACAUCCUCUUAAAUUAACUAAAUAUGUGAAAUAAGUAUUUUAAAAUAAUUUAUUAUAUUACUUACCAUUGUAGCUGAAACAUUAAUAGCAUUGAGCUUUAAUAAAUAAUUUUAAUAAUGAUAUAAAUCAUGGAAGUAAAAAAUUAAUUGAUCAGUGCGCCACUUACCUCGUUUAUUUCACACAAAUCUGAAGUUACUGUCUAUUAAAAGAUAUAACUUUAAUAUUUUAUGUAUUAAUACUAUGAAGAAAAAGGUUUUUUAAGUACAGAAAAUUAAGAAUAUUUACAAGGUAUUCAUAUUAUUGUAUAAAUUAUUAUUCCUAUUUAAAAUGGUUUUUUUUGCUAGAAACUAUUUAUAUGUCAAUAUACCUCUUAAAAUGUGUAGUUAUUUUAUUGGUAUUUAAGAAUAUAAAUUUUAUGACUAUAUUAUACAUAAAAAUAUCAUAAUUUAUCUGUUAAAUGCUAGCAAUUGAAUAAUUACCAUACAUAUAUUCACAUUUAAAAUUAAAGGCUCUGUUAACUAUUAAGAACAAUGCAAUUGUAUCUAUACUACGUAAAUAAGUGUAAUAAUGACUAUAUAAAUGUGAAAAUUAUCAAAUAUUUUAUUAAACUAUGCUAUUCCAUUGAGUAUUAAAAGGGACUUGCCUCAAAGGUUUUCUAGUGGUGAAAAUGUAGUGGACAUUGUAGGUUGUGGGCUAUUAUUUGAUUAAUAUUUAUUAGAACAAGACAAUGUAUUUUAUAAAUAAUUGUUUCACACUUUAUCAUAAUUAUUAUUUAAAUUUUAAGUACAUGUCUAAUAAAUAAUAACUUAUAGAUUUAUAAUACUAGCAUGAACGUGCUGUAGACCCUCAAACCCUCCCCCCGCUCUAUUGACACUAUUAAUUUAAAGAUACUUUUUUGCUUUACAUUUUUAUGUACCUACUAAUAUUAAUUUACAAAAUAGUAUAGAUAGAUAAUAAUGUGAUAGCAUAGUACAUAUCAGUGAGUUCAAUACUAUAAUACCUACUUAAUAAUAUUUUUAUGAUAUAAUAUAAGUACAUAGUUGUGGUUUAGCAAUAGAAACUAUAUAAAUAAUACUUAUGUACCUUUCUUAUUAUUUUAGGUAUUUUAUGUAAAAAAAAAAAAAAUUAUGAUUUGUAUUUGCAAUAAUAAAAUUGUAAUUAUUUUUUAAGCUUUAA